GCAAACAAACUUCGGUGCGGUCGACGCCCAAACAAAAACAUAUUUUUCUAUAUAAAAUAAUACUUCGGUAUUCCGAGGUAGGCGUUGGCUGGAAAUUGCCGAUUCCUCGUAAAUUAGUGAAAGUUUUUUAAAGUGUUUAAUGUUAAACUCUAGUCAUAAAUAAUAUUGUUACACGUAACUUUCUGGCGGUAUCGCAUUUCUACGAAUUUAGAACAUUUUCUGGGCGUUGUAACUUGUAAACUUACGUAAUUAAAUAUUGGCCUAGUAACCUUAAGUCUUUAAAGACACAUACCCUCCUCUACAGUGCUAGAAAAUGGUUUCAACCAGGGGAAUUCGAUAUAAAUUCAGUGAAGGCGAACGGGUUUUGUGCUACGAACCGGACCCCACAAAGGCGAAAGUUCUUUACGAUUCUAAGGUGCUGGAAGUAAUAGAAAGUAAGGAUAAGCGCGGUCGGCGGACAGUGGAAUAUUUGAUCCACUUUCAAGGCUGGAACUCUUCGUGGGACCGUUGCGUCAGUGAAGACUUUGUCCUCAAAGAUACAGAGGAGAAUCGACAACUGCAGAGGGACCUCGCCGAAAAAUCACAGCUUCAAUUGGGUGCUUACCUAUACCGGCGCGAGCGUAAAAAGGGCAGCACGGGCGCCGCGCCGGGGCCGGCCAAGCGCCCGCGUCAGGGCUUCAGCGAUGAUGGUUCUUCGAGCAGCACGCAGCCCGAUGGCAAUGUGUAUGUGACGACAGAAGGCGAGGCGGGCGACACGGACUCGUCGGCGUCGGGCUCGGGCGCGGGCUCGGGCUCGGGCUCGGGCGCGGGCUCGGGCUCGCAGCGCCGCUCGCCGCCGCCCAAUGCGCACGUCGGCCGCGCGCACAUCACGCUGCCCUCGGCUCUCAGAGACCGUCUGACCUUCGACUACCACCUGGUGGUGAAACGCGGGCGUCUCUCACGUCUGCCAGCCACACCAUGCGCGGCCGAAAUCCUGGAGUCGUUCGUGAAGUGGUUCGCGCGCGCCGGCGCCUGGCACCCGGCGCGCGCCCGCCACGACCCGCCGCAGAGGCCCGACCUGCUCGACGUGUCGUGCCGAUUGAACCUGGUGCGCGAGGUGGCGGACGGGCUGCGCGUGUACUUCGACUUCAUCCUGCGCGGCCACCUGCUGUACAAGCAGGAGCUCAACCAGUACCACGAGAUCUGCGGACAGUACAUCGAGGAGCAAGAAUUAGAGCUGAAAACCGAGUUGGAAGACGAGGUAGCUUCGCAGGAUGAGGCGAUGGCUUCGGCCGAGGAAGACCUCAAGAGCCCGAAGAUUCCCGAGUACUCGCACCUCCCGCCCGACCCCGUGGACUCGGAGAAACAGGAAGGCUCGCCAAGCCCCACGAGCCAGCCUGACGAGCCUAUGAAGCUGGAAUGCGAUUUGGACAUCAAGCAGGAGCCGGCCGACGACGCUUCCUCAGUGUCAUUCGCCUCCGCCUGCUCGCGACGCGACCGCGCCCGCGCCGGUCAUGUUGCCAGGAGGCUUCGCUCGCACAAGUCGGCGGCGUCGGAGGCGGAGGAGCCGCUGCCGUCCACGUCGGGCGGCAGCGAGCCGCGCGCCUUCGAGACGCAGUCCUCCAGUGUUGGCAGUAGCGGGUCGUCGCUGAGCGAGCCGUGGCCGCGCGCCAUGCUGCCCGGCCGCGCGCCCGCCGCGCCCACGCCCACGCGCACGCCGCUGUCGCUGCUGCUCGAUAAGGUUGCGAAGUGGCAGAUCAUUCCUCGCGAGGGCACCGAGCACCUGCCCUGCCGGGUGUAUGGCGCUAUUCAUCUUGCCCGUCUUUUUGUGAAACUUCCAGAUUUCCUGAACGCAACUCAGAUGCCGGAUUUUAAGCUCAAACUGAUUUUGAAACACAUUGAUAUGUUUGUCCAGUACUUGGAUGAACACAACGAAUGGUUCGGGGAGAUGUACUACGUGGCCGAUAAUAUGUCCCGUUCUCACUAAACUCACAGUACUUAAUUUAAAUACAUUAACGAUAUCAUAUUAACUGAAAUAAUAGAAUUUUGGUAGGUGGUUUACCAUUUCCUUCAACAUUUGCAAUUAGAAAAUGUACUACAUACACUUUAUUACAAGCAUUCCAAAUACAUAAUACUCGUGUUAAAAUCACAUUUUAUUUUUAAGUUAAGUUUCAAUUGUUAGCUUACAUACCGUCCAUUGGAUACAAAAUUGUUAAAAAUAGGUUUCGUCAUCAAAAAUGAUAUUUUCGAGCUAUUUAAAUAUUCAUCGCCUAUUUCUAUGUUUAAGGAAUGAAAACGAGUGACUUGCUAUAAGCCUUUUAUCAGUAGACGUUGGGAAUAGUUAUAGAAACUUGAUUGAUAUUAUUAGAGAAUAGGGUAACAAGUAUAGUAUUAUUAUUAUUAAUUAUAUUUCCGACCAAUACGUCAAAAAUGCAUGAUCUCACUAGCUUACUCUCGAGACUAUCUAGUUUUCUAAAACCUGUUAGCUCUCUAAUUUAGCGACUUACUGAUUGUACUUUGUAAGCGAUAUGUUAAAAAUAAAAGUUAUUCGAAAAAACCA